GUGAAGCCACCAAAGAACUGAAAAUGGAGGGAGAGGGCUCGACUCAAGCUGCAGAAGCAGUGCUAGAAUCCCUAAGAACCAGAGGGUGGUGCAUCGGCGACAUCGACCAAGUGAAAGCCUUAGUCGUAAUACAUACUGCUCUUUCGGAUGACGGCGACACUUGUUCGGUGGCGGACUCCAUUGAAUCGGAGCUGCUCAACAUGGACCUUAAGUCUAUCGGAGCUAAGUCCCUACCAGACUCGAAUCUCCUCCGCAAAACGCCUUAUCUUCAAGGACCUAAAGUCCUUCAGAUAUCUUCUGUGCGAGACAUAUCUGUAAGUAGUAUAGGGGAAUUUUCUGAUUCAAGUAGCCGGCGCCUUCUACGAUUCAUUCUUACUGAUGGGCACAGCGAGAUAACUGCGGUAGAGUACUCUCAUAUACCGCUUAUUCCUAAAGAUGUUGUUCCUGGUGCUAAGGUUCGACUGGAAAAUAAAGCUCCCGUACAUAGUGGUAUACUAUGUUUGAACCCCAAAGUAGUAACUCUAAUAGGAGGUGUUGUGCAACCACUUUAUGAAGAAUGGCAAAUGAUCCAAAAAUAUUCGGGUAUCUCCCGUUCAUCUAUGAGAUUAUCUCAGGAAACUGAUAGUGGUGGUCCUCCUCCAUUUGAGAAGUUGCAAAUUGCAGCAUCAUUUUCACGAUCUUCUCAGCAAGUCAAACCUUCUGAUAAUAUUGCUUCUACAUCAAAAAGCAGUGUGCCUCCUGCUGCAAAUACCCAGUUUAGGCUGCCUGAUAUGCAACAGAGAGGUAAUAGCUCUGAUGAUAAAGAAAGAACCAAGUCGCUUAUCAAAGAAAGGAUUGGGGAAGAACCAAGACUGAUCGAAGGCGCAGUGGCUCAAUCUGGACGUGUUCGAUAUCAAGCAAUUGCUCAAAUGCAUUUCCAGAGUACAGGUCAUCCAAAUCAGUACCCUAGAGGGCAAAAGCAUUGGGGUAAAGAUAAACAAGAAGAGCAACAGGUUUUCACUUUUGACAGCAAACUUGAGUCUACCUCCAAAAGCAGCGUAUCUGCCCUCGUGGAAACUGCUGAAAUUAGUCAGAUCAAGUUCUACACACAUCAUAAUACAGAUGAAAUUGAUGAUAAGUUGACAACUCCCGCUGCUGUAGAAAAUGUUGAUCAAAAGCCAAGUAACUAUGAAAGAAGACCAAAGGAAGUAGCUGAAGCAGUGCCCGUCCAAAAUCAAGCAGCAGCCCAAAAGCUCCUACAGAAAAUGAGUACACCAAGUCAAGGUGAUCAGUAUUUUAAAGGUCGACGACGCAAGGGGAAGGGCAAACAAGUAGAGGUUCCAGUUUUCACUCUAGAUGAAUGGGAAAAGACGAAAGCUGGGUCAAACCACCAAUUGAAAACUGAUCUUCCAGAGACCAGUUGUGAUGAGGACAUUGCAUGGCAGCUUCAGAACCAACUUGAUAUGGAAGAUUCUCAUGUACAAAUGGGUGUACAGAAUAAAGUGGCAGAUGAUAUUAAAAUGAGCAUGUUUGAUUAUGAAAGAGAUUAUGGAAUGGAACGUGGAGGUGGAGGUGGAGGUGGAGGUGGAGGUGGAGGUGGAGGAUGGGGCAGGGGAAGAGGAAGGGGGAGGGGGAGGGGGAGGGGGAGGGGAAGAUUUCGUUAGAUUUGGCUUGGGCUUCUUUUUUUAUCUAUAAUCUACCUUUUUUGUGUUUUGAAUUUGCAGUUCUUCAGGUUUUUUCCUCCUUCCCCAGCUACACUUGGUUGAUUAGUGAUCACCGAGAUAGAAUACAGAAAAUUUUCUCAUAGAGUAAUUGAGAAUCGCAGAAUCUGAAAUAUGGUUCCCAUAUCAUAGAUAUAGGUUUUUAAUGUUGCUUUGACAUCACGCAUAUUCAGGGUGUUUUCCCAUUCUUUUGUAGCACACAACGGUUAUUUGUUUUCACUCUUAUUUAUGCAGAUUGAGGAUAUCCCAUUUGUGUUGCUGUUUUUGUUAUUUUAAUCAUCUUACCUGGAAUUUGGAAUUUGAUGACCA